AUGCAGAUGCAAAAUGCAACACAACCCAAACCUCCCGCGAAAGCUAAACCUCCACCCGAGCAGCACAAGGCGAAGCACAAUCCUGCAGACCAGUCCAAGCGCGAGUGGCAUGUAACAACAAGCAAGACACCAAAGCAGUCUACGAACAGAGUUCACUUGAAGCUGAAGGCCCCAGCAGCGCAUUACGGGGUACAUAAGGGCGAUGAAAGAACCUUACAAACUGCGAGCAAGAGCAAAACCUGA